UUAUCCGCACAUUUUGUGUAUAGAACAAGUGAUAAUAAUUGAGUUUCGGCUUUUCAAUGUUAUUUAUUAUUUUAAUAUUACUGGCUCUACUAGCCAUUUAUGCUUUAAGCCUUAGAAAAGACUAUGAGCUAUUGUCAAUAUGUCGACGUUUUAAAACCGUUGAUGGUGGACCUUUGGAAAAGACGGUUGCCAAGGGAAAAGGAACGACUAUUUUUGGCAAUACUUUUGAUACCAUUGGGAUGACCUCUGAACAAUUGUUUUAUUAUUCUCGUGAUUAUGCUGCGGAACUGAAGCGAAGCUACAUUCAAUAUGUUUUUGGAUUUCCAAUAUACAACAUUGUUGAUGCCGACGAUGCUGAGUUAGUGCUCAAUGACAAUAACUUGAUUACCAAAGGUGAUAUGUAUCGAUUUCUACAACCAUUUCUGAAAUCGGGCUUGUUGACGAGCACAGGUCAACACUGGCAUGCCAGACGAAAACUACUGACACCGGCUUUUCAUUUUAAAAUACUGGAACAGUUCUUAGAGGUGUUUAAACAGGAAAGUGUAAAAGUGAUAGACCUUCUACAAAAAAUCUCGAAUAAUACUGUCGGACCUUGUGAGAUUAAUUUAAACGACGUAAUACCGCGAUUUACCCUCAACAGCAUAUGCGAAACUGCCCUUGGCGUGAAACUGGACGAUUGCUCCGAUGGUGAUGAAUACAGAAAUAACAUCACAAUAGCGGAGCACAGUUUUAUAAAGCGUGUUAUAAAUCCUCUCAUGUCCAGCGAUGCCCUUUAUAAUCAUUAUGGUGAUGGCCUUCAGGAUAUACCGACCCUCAAAAAAUUACAUUCAUUCUCAAGCAGAAUAAUAGAAAAACGAAGACAGAACUUUAAUGAGUAUAAUUUGAAGGAGUCAAACGAUGUGGAAUCAAGGGAAUUGAAUACUAAGCAACGUUAUGCAAUGCUGGACACAAUGUUGAUGGCGGAAAAGGAAGGCCUUAUCGAUCAUGCUGGCAUUUGCGAAGAAGUGGACACUUUUAUGUUUGAGGGCUUUGAUACGACAUCUAUGAAUAUCAUACUCACGCUCGCCUAUUUGGCCAAUCAUCCGCAAAAGCAGCAGCGAUGCGUUGAGGAGAUUACAGAGCUAAUACCCAACACAGACAAUCUUAAGGAACUGGACAACCGUAGGCUGGCCCAACUGAAAUAUUUGGAAUGCGUGAUCAAGGAGACGCAGAGACUUUGCCCAUCGGUGCCAGGCAUUAUGCGGGAGUGUCAUGAGGAUACGAAACUAGCGAACAAUUUGCUUCUGCCAAAUGGCACACAGAUUAUAGUGCAUAUAUUCGAUAUACAUCGCAAUCCACGUUACUUUGAUCAACCAAAUGAAUUCAUCCCAGAACGAUUCCUUCCUGAAAACUCGGAUCACAGGCAUCCCUUUGCCUUUAUUCCCUUUAGCGCUGGUCGAAGAAAUUGUAUUGGCCAAAAGUUUGCUAUGAUGGAAGUGAAAACAUUGUUGGUCUACAUUCUUAGAAACUUUGAAAUAUUACCCGUCAGUAAUCCGAAGGAAUACAGAUUCUUGGCUGGAAUUUUAAUUCGAACCAAAUCUGAAGUGUUUAUUAAGUUUGUGAAGCGCACCUAAAGCAAAGUUCAAAAAUAUAUUCAAAUUUGUCUGUUUAUUCAA